UGAAACUAUGUACAUCAGAUCCGAAAAAAGUGUCUCAAUUUUGAUUCAAAUAUUUCAAUCUAUGGUCAAUUAUGAAAUAGCUCAAACAAAACAAACAACAUGGAAAUCAAAUGAAAACAAAAGUCAUAAUUGGGAAUAGGUGUUAUCGUAGUAUUCUAAAAUCCUAUAUCCCUUUUAUAUAAACUGAAUCUGGUGGAAAUGUCAUUCAAACUGUCAAAACCGCGUCAUAAAAUGUUCUACACCUUCAUGCACAUGCACCAUGACUGCGUUGUCUAAUGCAAUUUACUGUUGUCAACUCUUUCACAUUAAGCAAAUGUAUUACCUUAUUCCGAGGUUAUGUUGACUUUAAACCGUUACUAACGUUCGAAAUUUCAUAUUUUGACAUUUUCGACUGACACCAACUUUACGAUUAACUUUGACACUUCAUUAGGCCAAUGUAUCACUUCAGAAGUGAAAUUGAUGUCGUUUGGUUAAGAAGAAUAAUCACUGAGAAAACAGUGUUAAUUGAAAAGACAUUACAAUUUAAAUUAGUGUAUUUGAAUUUCUAACAAUUGUUUAAUGUUAAUUCCCAAAAAUUUGUUAAAAUGAAAAUUAAAUUAGUUUCAUUUGCCUUCGCUCUUUGGGCAACUCAAGUGUAUUCGAUUGAAAACAUAGCCAAUCCUUCUAAAUACCAUCAUAUUGGUGCCUGUUAUUAUUACGAUCAUCCAAAAUACGGUCGUAGCCAUUUGACUCUUGUUUGCGUCAAAAGCUAUGGUCAAUACAACUUCUUUACAUCGAACGUUUCAUCAAUUUGCUUGAAUCACCAACAAUUGAACAGCCAAGGGUAUAGAAAAACAUGGGUGGGCAGUAUGAAUUUCGACCAAGUUUGUGAACGGCCAGAACUUCCAAAUAACCUAUUUAAAGUGUAUUCCAAUCUUGACACUUUCAAUAUGUCGUACCUUGGAUUAACAUCGCUGCCGGUGAAUAUGUUUUGGCAUGCUGCCAAAUUAAUCAGGCUGAACGUAUCACACAACCAACUAGAGGAAAUUCCAUCAUUUUUAUUUCACAAAACCGUGAAAUUGACUGAAGUCGAUUUCUCAUUCAACAAAAUUAAUACAAUUGAUGACUUUGCGUUUGCCGGUGAUUUCAAUUUGGAGAAAAUGUAUUUAUCUCACAAUAAAUUGAAUGAUUUGAAUGAGAAAAUCUUCAAAUAUUUGUCGCAUUUGAAACAUUUUGACAUUUGCGGCAAUAAUUUAGUUGAAAUUAAACCAGGCCUUUUUUCAUCCCUAACGAAAUUGCAAACGCUAAACUUGGCAUUCAAUCGAUUAAAGACAUUAAAUGCGAAUAGUCUUCCUACGCACUUGAAUCAAAUGAAAUCGCUUUCAUUUGAGAAUAAUCAACUGCAGGAGUUUAUUGGAUUUAAUAGCGCGCAUAUUGGUAAAAUGAAGAUCAUCGGCAUCGACAGCAAUCGAUUCAAUUGCUCGUAUUUGCAUACUCUGCUCCAGUUGAUUAGCUGGAAGAACUUGGACACAAUUUCAAACCGAAUCAACUGUUCGAACGUUGAAAGUACAACAACAGAAGCUAAUGAACUUUCCACAACCACAAUAAGGCCUACAACUAUUUCGACAUCGACAGCAGCACCGAUUCUCUCGACGCCAAAACCCACAUUGAAAUCAACCAACACCGAGAACGUAACAACGACUUUUGAUCCAAAUGGAGAAAAGACUUUGGAAGAAAUACACCAAUCAACCGAAGAAAAUGGAAGCAUUGACUCAAGAGAUCAAAAAUUCGAUGCCAAACACGAAAAAUCCCAUAAAUUUAUAUUCAUCGCUCUUUUAAUCAAUACAACAGCUCUGAUCGUCAUCAUAGUCGUUUUGUUUUCGUACUGUCUAUGCAAAAAUACAUUGAGAAGAAGCCACUUUACACAAGUAGUUUACGAACCCAACACGGCUGACUUACGAAAUUAUUUUGAAAAUAAGGACUAUGAAGAGAUUUUUCCAAAACAUUUGCACUCAAAAUGUGACGACGCAAUGUUUUAUUGAACGAAA